AUGCCUUACGUGACUUUACCAGUGUCACACCAAAGUGUUAACUUAUACUAUGAAUUACAUGGUUCGGGUCAUAUUAAAGUCUUGUUUAUUAUGGGUUUGAGAACAGAAGGUCAAGCUUGGAAAUAUCAAUGUGUGAGUUAUGACAAUCGUGGUUGCGGUCGAUCAUCAUCACCAUUUACACUCGAAUAUACAACAGUUCAAAUGGCUAAAGAUGCCCUGGAGUUAAUUGAUCAUCUGGGUUGGUCACAAUGUCAUGUAGUAGGUAUCUCUAUGGGUGGUAUGAUUGCAUUAGAAUUCGCUCUACUAGCGCAUCGAAGAAUUCUUUCGCUUACACUCAUGGCUACACACGCAGGUGGUCUCCUUGGGCAAGCGCCAUGGAUUGGAAUUCAUCAUAUUAUGCAAUCGCUGAUCAUACGUGACGAUGAUCAGCUUGUGAAAAAUGCCCUUCAGAUGCUGUAUGGUCAAAAGACACUUAGCGACCCAGUCAAACAUCAGUUUUUCUAUGAUUAUCAUCAUGAACGAUACAAAACUCGUGUCCCACUAGCACUGACCGGUAUAUUUGGUCAUAUUUUUGCUGUUCAACGACACUAUAUAAGCUAUGCUGAUCUAUUGAAAAUUCGCUAUUCAAAUUUUCCUUGCUUAGUUAUGGUGGGGACUGAAGAUCGUCUUGUACGCGAGACUAACUCAUACAUGUUUCAACGAACACUCGGGUGUCGAUUGGUCAAGCUCGAGCAUGCCGGACACGACUUAGGAGGCGAGUGUGCUGAACAAGUCAAUCAAGAAUUGUUAGCAUUCUUUGAAUCGAACAAUGUAAAAGAUGACGUUGUACACAUAUCUACUGGAUAUACUACAGAAGUCCAAGCACUCGAGCUUUGUUGUCAACAUCGUACUCAUUGCUUUAUCUACAAUCUGGUUGGUCUCAUUAAGGGUUUAUUUCUUGGUUUGCUUCUUUAUUGUGCAUUAACUAGUGGCUUGGCGAACAAUGAACUUAUGGGUAUUCAUCUAUGUACUCGUUGUAUGGUACUCAUCGGCUGUUUGAACGGUUUGCAUCGUUCGAUGGUUUGUGUCUUCAAUGCAUACCGAGCUAGGUGGUUCGUCCGGAAAAAUCGGCUUAUACGUGAACGAGCGGUUCAUCAUGGCGGUGCGGAAAUUACUUUACCAAGUCGAUUUAAGAAUGGGAUACCGAAUGGAUGUGGUUUCGAAUUUCCUAUUUUAUCACUUAGUUUUACUGUAUGUCUCAUUGGUCUUGCUUGGUGGACAAGACAAUAUGAUUGA